AUGAUUAUUCUAUACUAUUUAUUCUUUUUUUCGAUUCUUUUUCAAUAUUCCCACUCUAUCCCUAAAUCAAAUAUUGAUGUCACUAAACAUGCACUAUCAAAAGAUGAAGUUCUCAAAUCCCCAAACUAUAAGAACAAAGCGUUCCACGUGGAAAUAUCCACAGAGUCCGGAGAAGAGCUCUUGGAGCAUUGGAGCACACAGGGGUUCAGUGGUGUGAUAGCAGCAAUUGCUACAAGGAGACUACCUCUUGUAGAGAAGUAUCAUCACGCGACUCAUCAAAAAUGUGCAUCUGAAGCUAAAACUAUUUCGGAGCACGCCAGGUGUCUGCUGGAACUCGAGAAGGAUGCACAUGCGAAUUUGUUACGGAGACGAAGAAAGUAUUGGGAUAGAAAAUUGAGACGGAAACUUCGAGACAAGAAGAUUCUAUUCAAAAGACACAAAAAGAAAAGGCUAAGGGUGAAAAGAGAAAUUAGGGUUCAAAGUCGAUCGUCUUAUAAUCUAAAGUCUGGAAAUGAAAUGUCCCCCCUUGGAGUGCUUGCGAAACAUUUAUCUCACACAUUACGGCUGAUAAAAAACAAACGAACCACUUCAAAAUGGGAAGACACCAUAACUCGAAUAUCUGAAAAAGCGCAAAAGAUAAAAGAACGGAAAGAAAUGCAACGUCUAUUGGAGAAACGGAUGAAUGUUUUUACGGAGAACGGAGAAAACUUUGAGCAACUGAUAUCUCCAAAAGACAACGACGCCAAAGAACUUAUUGAUCUUGAAAAAUAUAUUGAUGACGAUGACCUCAAAUCGAUGGUUCGCAAAAAAGCAGGAAAUCUAACGGAGCAGGAUCGAAUGAUGUUGAUUCCUAUGAAACUUAUCAGAGGGGCUGCUAAGUUGGGAUUAUCGAUGACUGGCUAUAACACAACGGAUUUUGACAGGAAAGUGGUGAGGAUUUUCAGUCCGAAGAUGAUGAGCGUGAUUCCGACAAGUGAUGAGACGAAGAAAGAUGAGAUCGACAUUCUUUCCCCAUCCCUCUUCUCCCUCCACCAUGAUGGAUCUGAAAUCGAGAAGGAGGUGUCAUUACAAAACUUGCUAGGCUCUUUAACAGCUCAUAAGGACACCUCUGAUCUACUUGACUUUAUAAUUGAAGCUACUGGAGUGGAUGAAGCCAUGGAAAGAGUUGAGACCAAGAUUGAGGAAUCAUUUCAUUCAGAAAGGGGUCCGGAAGGCCAACCGUUGUACUUCACCAAAGAAAAUGUUACCGCGCAGGAAGCAAGAAGGAUAGAGAUUUUUGAAGCAUUAGACACAACUUAUUCGGAAAACCAGCUGAAGGAGAUGAACAGGACGGGAUAUACGAUAAUGGCUCACGAGCAGAUGGAUUUGGUUUAUGGGAACAACUCGAUAAUGGAAAACCAGAAACUAUUGAGAGAGGCUAAGCGAAUGAGUAGACCGGAAAUUGACAGGAGUGUUAUGCAGACGAUUGAUGACUUGGCAAAAGAAAAAGUGAAGUUUGAGGCAAGAAGAAAUGAUAUUGUAUUGUCUCCGGUGACAUUCACUAAUUUCGUUUUUGAUCCCAAGUCUGUAUCCCAACCAACUAUCCUCUCACCAAUCCUCGUUGUCUCCUUGAUCGGAUCCCCUGCAAUUUAUGGAGUGAUGAUUCUCUCCCCCUGGGUUAUGGUACCAGUGAUUCUCUCCCCUCGCAUAUUUUCUCCUGUAGUACUGAACCCUUUCGUUAUGGUCCCUAUCAUUCUAUCCCCUCUAGCCUUUAAUCCAUUUAUACUAUGUCCAGGAGUUCUGAACCCAUUUGUCCUAUCGCCUCUUGUUUUCUCACCAUUCAUUUUGUCGCCACAGGUUAUGACCCCAUUGAUAUUAAGCCCGUUCUGCAUGGGACCCCUCGUGCUUAACCCGCUUGCACUGAACCCUUUGAUACUGUCACCUUUUGUGUUAUCCCCAAUUAUUUUGUCACCGCAAUUCGUGUCAGCUGUCAUACUGUCACCGUAUGCUUUAUCACCGUCAUGGAAAUCUGAUGGAGCAAUGGUAACGGUUUUUGCGUCGCCCAGUUGGUUGAGUUAG